AUGGCCAUCUCCUAUCUCUUGUUAUUCUUCUUCAUGUUUCUAUGCAAUCCUCACACUAGCUAUACAAGUGCUUGUUCCCUGGAUUUCAACAAGUUCCCGUAUGAAGCACACAGUGAGUGCUUAGGCGUAGCCAACGUCAAAGAUUCAACCAUGCAGUCGUGCUGCCACUCGGCUUUACAAUCUCUGUUCCAAGCAAUGGCUAUAAGAGCUAACAAGUCUCGGUCGAUAUUUCUUGAAUUAAACGAGGCUCAAGAUUGCACCAAAACAUUCCAAAAUCUUCACAACAGGACCAACCUCUCGACAUGUGAACUCCAAGAUUUUAUCUCUUCUUCAAAGACACCAAACUUAUGCUCAAAAGAUGUUGAUUCACUCAUAAAUCUUCUUGGGGUCGAGAGAUUCAGUGCCCUUCAAUCCAAUUGCAAUAACUUAUCAACUAGCAAUUACAAUGAUGAUGCUUGUUACAGUUGUGUCAUGUCAUAUAGAAGUUCUUUGCAAGCCUUGAAACAAAGUGGUGAUAGCCCGAAUGGAGAGUACUGUGGGGAAGCUCUUCUUCUUAGUCUUUUGAGCACUGCUACAGAUUCUGCAAACUCGAUCCCAAGAAUUUUUUCUUGUUUAUGGGGUGAAAUAGGGAAUCUCCUGGAAUCAAAGAAACUCCUUUCUGCGAUAAUAGUAGCAGCAAUCUUUGUCCUCUUAGCCCCAAUUCUCUACAAGUUAACAAGGAAGCAACUACAGCAUGCAUGUGACAAAGACAUUGGUGAAAAUUUAUCAGUUCUUAAGAAAAAACAGGAGGAGGAAUCUGUAAGUUACUUGAACUGUUGUGAUCUCUACGUUUUCUCACAAGAUGAAGUAGCAAAAGCUACCAAUUCAUUUGGUAAUUCAAAUUUUAUUGGAGAAGGCGUUCUAGGGAAAACCUAUAUUGGAAUGAUGCCUAGUGGGAUGAGAGUGGCAAUCAAGAGACUUAAAGAAGGGGUUGAAGUUUGUCAUUUUCUUGAUGAGAUAUGUGAAAAAGCAAAAAUAAGGCAUCCAAAUUUGGUCGGCAUUAUUGGCUAUUGCAAUAAAGGAGAUCAAUCUUUGGUCUAUGAAUAUUGCCUUAAUGGUGAUUUAGCAACAUGGCUUCUAGGCAUCGCUAGGGGCUUGUGGUAUCUCCAUCACAAUCCAUUGAAGAAGAUAUGCCAUGGAGACAUGAAGCUAACAAAAAUAUUACUGAAUGAGAAACUAGAAGCCAAGAUUUCAGACUUCAAUCUGUCACGCUACAAAUCCAAGGAGAAAACGGGACAGGAGAAGAUUGCGAAUGAUGUUUUCAAUUUUGGGAUUCUACUGCUUCAAAUCAUGACAGGAAGAAAGUCCACGUCUAUUGCUGAGGCAAGGGAUGCAGUUUUGAGAAAAGGAAGCUUGAGUGGCUUGGCAGAUCCUCGGCUAAAUGGAGCUUACGAUUCAGCUGCAUUUCAAAAUGCAAUGUCCAUAGCUGUUCAUUGUACAAAUCCAAGUGAACGCGAAAGACCUAACAUGGAAGAAGUGCUGCAGAAGCUUGAGCAGAUUCAGACACAAAUCUUGGUGAGAACCAAUUGUAAAGAUGUGAUUUAUUAG